CUACCCAAAAUGCACCUCUCGCGUCUAAGCACAACACAUCGCCAUUUUCAGCGAACGGGCGCUUCUCGCUGGAGUAACUAGGUCACAAGAUAUACAGAAAAACACUCGAAGCGAUCUUCACCAAAGUCACCGAUUUCAGCGCGUCGAUCUCUCCGCUGCCAUCGCAUCGACCGAGAGCCAAUGAUCGUGUUCGGUCGGGCCGCUCGGGUGAAGUAUCGGAGCGCGGGCCCGGGCUGAUGCGACACCGACCCUCUCACUCACCGAAUCAACACUAGCAGCAACACGACACAGGAUGAAAAGAGGCCAGAAGAGAGGCGAUCAAGUGGAGGAGGGAGGCGGGUCGGUGUCGGGGCCAGGUCCCGGGGCCCCUGAGGUCUGCAAGAGGCUCCGGCGGGGCGAUUCAGAGGAGCGGUGUGAAGAGGACGGGCAGGUGGACUGGCGGCAGCUGCCGGAGGAGAUCCUGCUGCAGAUCUUCCAGUACCUGCCGCUGCUGGACCGGGCCUUCGCCUCGCAGGUGUGCCGCGGCUGGAACCAGGCCUUCCACAUGCCGGAGCUCUGGAGGUGCUUCGAGUUCGAGCUCAACCAGCCGGCCAGCUCCUACCUGAAGGCCACGCACCCCGACCUCAUCAAACAGAUCAUCAAACGCCACUCCAACCACCUGCAGUACGUCAGCUUCAAGGUGGACAGCAGCACUGAGUCUGCAGAAGCAGCGUGUGACAUCCUCUCUCAGCUGGUCAACUGCUCUCUGAAGACCCUCGGACUCAUUUCCACCGCAAGACCCUCCUUCAUGGAGCUGCCCAAAUCUCAUUUCAUCUCGGCGUUGACGGUGGUGUUCGUGAACUCUAAAUCUCUGUCCUCUCUGAAGAUCGAUGACACUCCAGUGGACGAUCCGUCACUCAAAGUGCUGGUGGCCAAUAACAGCGACACGCUGAAGCUGCUGAAGAUGAGCAGCUGUCCACACGUGUCUCCCGCAGGUAUCCUGUGCGUGGCGGAUCAGUGUCACGGUCUGCGCGAGCUGGCGUUAAACUACCACCUGUUGAGCGACGAGCUGCUGCUGGCGCUGUCGUCCGAGCGGCACGUUCACCUGGAGCACCUGCGCAUCGACGUGGUGAGCGAGAACCCGGGCCAGCAGUUCCACUCCAUCAAGAAGAGCAGCUGGGACGCCAUGGUGCGCCACUCGCCCAAGUUCAACCUGGUCAUGUACUUCUUCCUGUACGAGGACGAGUUCGGACCCUUCUUCCGCGACGAGGUGCCCGUCACGCACCUGUACUUCGGCCGCUCGGUCAGUAAGGAGGUCCUGGGCCGCGUGGGGCUGACGUGCCCGCGGCUGGUGGAGCUGGUGGUGUGCGCCAACGGCCUGCGACCCCUGGACGAGGAGCUGAUCCGCAUCGCCGAUCGCUGCAAGCAGCUGUCGGCCAUCGGCCUGGGCGAGUGCGAGGUUUCCUGCAGCGCCUUCGUGGAGUUCGUGAAGAUGUGCGGCGGCCGGCUCUCGCAGCUGUCCAUCAUGGAGGAGGUUCUGAUGCCGGACAACAAGUACGGGCUGGACGACAUCCACUGGGAAGUGUCCAAACACCUGGGCCGCGUCUGGUUCCCCGACAUGAUGCCCACCUGGUAGACCGGAGCGACAGUUAUGCCCCAUGAUUCCCCUCUCACAGAAGAUGUUUUUGUGGAUUUUCUAGUUUUGGAACUGAAGCGUUUACAGAAGCACUGCCUGUGUUUGGAUCCGGGAUACUCUCACUCAACAUGUUUGUCUGUAAAUGUACGUGUGGUUUUGACUCUCAGUGUCGGUUUAUGGUGGAUGAAGGCGGGACGAGUGACGUCAGAGCGAUCCGUGAUCUUCAAGCACCUUUACCAGAUGAAGUUUCAGCUCGCCGGUUCUGAUCAUGUGUUUUGGUUCUUCUACAUAUUUGCUCUUGUUGAAGUGAGCGAUGGUGGAUAUGACAUCAGAAGACACACUGCUGACCGUUUAAUGAAGACGUUUAAUCUGAAUCUAGUGUUUGACAUGCUCAUUUCAUCAAGGGUUGAUCAGUCCAGUUUUUCAGAAAGAAGUCUGACAUUUCCUGAUUUUAGUGAUGAUGAUGAUGAUGAUGUCAUGAGCUCUUGUGUUUUGUAGUUUUUAUCGCAGGCGCCGGAGGAGUUCAGCGUCAGACGGACGGAUGUGAUCGCGUCGCUCAUCUGUUAGCGCAGCUUCAUUAGUUCUUAAGCAAUACUUACAGAAACACUUGAGCUGACGUGGACACAGAUUCAGAUCAUUUCCUCCUGCACUUUACAUAGAAAUGUAUUUUAGAAAUGUACAUAUGAGAUUAUCGGUUGUCAAUAUUUCUCCUGAUGUUGAUAAUGAUGAAUAUUAUAUUAUUUUCUUUGCAUUAAAUGAAUAGUGAUAUAAGCUUGUCAUGUUGUUCUUUCAGGCGUUUAAUUGCUUUAUCGUUUUUAUGUGUAUGAAUACAGAACUUUAUCCAUAAAAGAGACAAACCAAUGUGGUGUAAAUGUUUUUAUUGUUGUUUUGGAAUAAAUUUGUGAAUGUAAAGAA